CCUAUACUUUACGAAAGUUACCGGUACCGGUUGUAGCAGAGGUUGGUGCGUGUUUGUAGAUAUUCCGGGUUUUUUUAGGAUAACACCAACAGAAAUCAUGUCAGAGACAAAAGAGACAAAAACAUAUACUCUAGAAGAUGUUAAACAACACAAAACAAGCCAGUCGAUAUGGAUCGUAAUUCAUAACAAAGUCUACGAUGUCACGAAGUUCUUGGAUGACCAUCCUGGAGGUGAAGAGGUGCUUCUUGAACAAGGAGGAUCGAAUGCCACAGAGUCAUUUGAAGAUGUAGGCCACUCAUCAGACGCCAGGGAACUCAUGCAGGAUUAUCUCAUCGGUGAUCUGGCAGAGGCUGAUUGGGAAACUUCAGUAAAGACAAACACAGGACCAAAUGCACCUGAUGCAGGAUCAGGAAGUUCUCAAAGUGAUAAUGAAAACAGUGAAGUGGACUCUCGAUGUCGCUGUGCUCUGUCUUAGUCUCAGUCCAGGUCGCACAGGGAUACCUCAUUAAUUGGGCCCAGUGGAUCAUUCCGACUAUCGUUGCUCUCGGGGUUGCGCUCCUCUACCGCUUCUACAUUGCCGGGAAUUGAUGCAGGGAACCAGGUCAUGUUGGUGGACAGGAUACCAGUUACAGUGUCUCCUUGCUGCUCCCACUACACGCAAACAGAUUAACCAAAGAAAUGAACAGAUGCCUUUUGCUAAUUACAGAAAGCCAGGGGCACCAUCAGAGCGUGAAAAUGUAAAAAAUUAAAUGACCAAUAACAGAUAUAUUCUUAAUAACAUUAUUUCUCAUUACAUUUGUAAGAUAGUGUUCCCAGAUCAGGCUUAGUCUAAAACGACAAUCUUGGUAUGAGAAAAUCAUUUCAGAGCCAAUUUUUUUUAACUUGAUCAAUUCAGUUUGGCCAAACAAGUAAAAUGAAAUCAAAAGGUUAUCACACAGUGGUACAUCAAGGAAUUUGUUGGGUUGGGGGAAGGAGUAAAAUUUGGUUGCGAUACUGUGUCUUGGAUACCGUAAUUUUAUUGAUCCAGAACUGCCAUGAGUCCAGUCUGUAAAAAUGACUUUACUUCAAAUACACUGCGUUGCAUAAUGAUUAACACAUAAACUGCAUUGCAUACAAGUUAUCUCGUAUGCACUACCUUACUACGUGUGAAGGGUGCCUUUGUGCCUCACAAUGGAUAACUGCGAUCUCUCAAUCUCGUAUCUGGCUGGAAAGCUCACCGUUUUCAAAAAGGUUAUACUACAUACAUGUACCAACCGUGAUUUUACAUGUGUGAAAUAUUUCUUGCAUAGUAGGUUAAAAAGUUUUUCUUUUCGACAUAUUGGCACGAUAUACAUGUAACAAAACAAUUGUUGACUGCUGUGAUGUGGGACAUGUGUUUUUUACCGCCUUCCCCUUGGGUGCUGUACGUCUCUCGACGUGGUGUACAAAACAUGUCCGCAGUCAAUAAUUGUAUAUUACAUGUAUGUAUCACAAGAAUUGCGGUUUUUCCCUCCUACUGGAUACAGCACUGUCCACUACACAAGAUGCCCGGCUCAAUUUCAUGGUCUUGAUGAAUGAUGUCUUCAUCAGCAUGUUUCACGACAUUAAUUACCAUGUUUUUGCAUGUAGAUCUCUAUUUGGCUUAAGUAUUCACUACUCAUGGUUUCCAAAAUUUAUGAACCAAGUUUGUCCCUUUGAAACUAAAAAACCCAGACCAAAAAAAAGGCAAAACAGACUGCUUCACGAUACCACAGAGUUAAAGCUACAGUCCAUCAUUUGCAGCUAUCCAAAAAGUAACUGACGUAAUUGGUGUUGAAAAACAUACUCGGUUGAAAGAUAGUAAGGGGAAUAAACUCCCAGUGAAAUUAUUCUUUCUAGCAAGCUGUCAUUUUGAAGAAGUCCAACCAAAGAAGGCAUUAGUAGCUUGUUUUCUUAUUUGGCGAAGUGGGUGCAAACGUUGACACGACGCACACACGCGCACGGUUGCUUUAAGUCGUCAGAUCAGUGCGCGACAUCGCGUAGCUGCAAUCGGCUCAGUGAGAACAUGUCUCGGACCCUGAAUUCAGACCCAAUUCAAAACUCAGACUCAGCAACUUUUGAUUUGAAAUCAAGAUCCUAGAAUGUUGUUCAUCUCAAAAUAUACAGCUGAAGCUGAGCUAAAACUUCAUCAAGUUAGUUGUUCAGCACCCUUCUUUAGAUUUUGAGCAUGUUUGUUGCUUCAAACGAACAAAAAUGCACAAAUUACAAAUGAUGGACUGUACCUUUAAGCACAGAUUUGAGCAUGUGGGGAAUGUCACAGUUGCAAUGAAAUUACUAACUUCCAAAAUAUAUAAAUGUACAUGAUUCGAGUCGUUCAUGUUGAAAUGUUAUCGUGUCAUUAGUACAGAUUCCUCGGUGUGGAAAAUGUGGUUACUUAAGUCUGGAGAGCCUAUUUUCCUAGCUUUGGUGUUUCGGUCGGAAAUAUGGUUUGGGAGAUAAUACUGUGGAAAUUGUUGACAAAUGUAACCUAAAAUUCUGUCUCAUCAACUGAUCUUUUUUUCUGAUCAACGCAAUGCAUGAUUGAAUGGGAUUCGUAAUUAAAAACACCAGUAGGAAAAGUAAAACUUUCAUCGAAAAUUUACAGAUCAAAGUUAAACUUUUUCAGGAAACGCUGUACAUGUACAUUCUGUCAAUAUCUGAUCGAGGAUUAUGAAAAUGUCUAAAACAAUAACUGAUAUGCAAAAAUGUAGAAGUUGGCUGUAUGUUUCAUGUGAAUGUCAUUGUAACUACCUAGGCUUUACUUUAACUAUAA